AUGGACGAACAAACAAGGGGAAGAGUGCUGAAAGCCCGUACGUACAUUUUCCAAGCGGUGAAAGGAGGCAAUCCGAAGAACGUGAUUGGAAUUAUAGAUCUCACCCAGAGCGGAACUCUUGUCAAGCUGAACGGUACCGUAUCCGGCCUGAAACCAGGUCUUCACGGGUUCCACAUCCAUGAGAAAGGCGAUUAUGGUGUAUUUGGUUGUUGCCCCACAGGCGACAUUUCAACCCAACAAAUGAUGGCUUGA